AUGGCGACGCCAGGGCUGUCGGCGGGACAAAAUAUCCUCGAACCCCAGAUCAGCGUUACCCCAGGUCUUUCGCAGGCCAUCCACGACCGCGAGGCCAAUCAGCAGGGGGUCCCACGAGGCCCGCUUGACCGUGUCGAGAUGGGCUCCGCAGUCCCCACCACUCAGCGAUCCGCGCGACGACAGGGCUGCUGCUAUCAAACUGCACAUGGUGCUUAG